UCCCCCCUUGUAAAGAAAAAAGAGACGAAAAGAAAGACAUGUGCGAGAGACUCAAAAGCGAAUAUCAAUUGUGCGAAGAGAUCGGCCGCGGCCGCUUCGGAGUCGUCUAUCGUUGCUUCUCCCCGAUCUCCGGCGACUACUUUGCUUCCAAAUCCAUCGACAAACGCCUUCUCUCCGACCCUACAGACCUCGAUUGCAUCGAAAAGGAGCCCAAGAUCCUUCAACUUCUCUCCGGUAGCCCUAACAUCCUACAAAUCCACAAAAUCUACGAGGACGAUACCUUCCUCCACAUCGUUACAGACCUCUGCGACGGCGCCGACCUCUUCGACCGCCUUUCUUCUUCGGAAGGCACAUUCUCUGAACCGGAGGCGGCGCUGAUCUUCGAGCAGUUAAUUUCUGCCAUCGCACACUGUCAUCGUAUGGGAGUCGCUCAUCGCGAUAUCAAACCUGACAAUGUAUUGUUCGAUUCUCGUAACAAACUGAAGCUCGCCGAUUUCGGAUCAGCUGAGUGGUUUGGAAUCGGCGAAGAAAGAAAGAUGACCGGAAUCGUCGGAACUCCGUACUACGUUGCGCCUGAGAUACUGUCAGGAAGGGAUUACAAUGAGAAGGUUGAUGUCUGGAGCGCCGGCGUAAUCUUGUACAUAAUGCUCGCCGGAGUCCCUCCGUUCUACGGUGACUCACCGACGGAUACUUUCGAGGCGGUUUUACGAGGAAAUCUCCGAUUUCCGCCACGGAUUUUCAGAUCCGUGUCGCCCGAAGCCAAGGAUCUGUUGAAGAAGAUGAUCUGUAAGGAUGUUUCUAGACGUCUAUCAUCUGAACAAGUUCUGAGGCAUCCAUGGGUGAUUAACAGAGGACAGAGUCCUUCCCUGGCCGAGAUCUAAUCGGCUGGCUUCUCCACCACAUGUACAUAUGUACUACCUACGACCCUAUUCUAGGUUUCUAUGUGUAAUAUGAUCAUCAUCCAUGGCUUAUCUAGCUAGCUUAUGAGUUCAUCUACUUCAAUUCUCAUCUCUGUUUUUUCCUCCCUUUUGGUAGAGAGAUAGUCUUGUUGGUGUAGAGUAACGAAGCUUAAAUAGCUAUAUAUAUAUGUAUGUACGAGAUGAGAUGAGAUCUUCUUCUUCUUUCUUCUACUAGUAUGAAAGAUUAUGUAUCUUUUAUUGGAACUUUUUCUGUUCUGUAAAUCGAGAAUCUGUUCCAAGUU